AUGUCGCGCUCGCUACGUACGCGUCCUACGACGCUGUACGCCAAAGAUGGCCUGCCUAGUACAGGUGUUGUACCGCGGCCAUCACGCAAGCCACUAGCGACGGAGGCAGAUGCUGAAGACAAGGUCCGGAAUCGGUUGUCGAUGCGGUACGCCUCUUCGUCGGCGAUGCCUUCGUAUAUGGGCGGCUUGAGUCACCUGGGCCCGGUGGCUGGCCGCGGUGGCUUGGAGAGUGUGGCAGAAGAUGCUGCGCCGCCUGUGCCGCCAGUACCAGCCCUGUUGCCUACGGCUACGCCGACCUUGUCCCAAGCUGGCGAGACAAGUACGCCCGGCCCGGAAGCCUGGGAAUCGCAUACACUCCCUGGCGUGAACGCGGACGUGUUUGCAUCUGAGUCGUUUGAUCCACACCGGUUUGUGAUGACGAGCGUGCAGCAGCAAAGUGAGGCAGGACUACAAAGUCUACGUACAACGCUGGGAACGAUCCACACCACGACGCAGCAGCAGCUCAAAGAGCAAGUGUUUAAAAACUACACGGAAUUCAUCACGAUCAGCCGUGAAAUUGCGACGUUUGAGAACGAUAUGCUGGAAUUCAAAGAGCUACUUAGCGAAUGGAAGCAGAUCCCACAGCAAAUGCAUUUGCACGAUCCCAUCAGCGAUGGCGUGUUGGACGGCGACGCGUUGCUCCCUGCUUCGCUGAAGCAUCAAAAACGCAGUGCAGCAGACUUGGAGCAUAUUUACAAAGCGCAGCUCGCGUCGCUGUGGGAGAACAUUGAAGGGUCACAGCGGCUGGUGCCGUAUGUGCCAGGCCGUCACUUGAUUGCUGAGACAAGUCAGUUUGUCGAGCUGAAUGCCGCGACCUACAAGCCCAAGCAAUCCAUUGCGCUCUUCCUGCUGGACGAUAUGUUGCUUGUGGCCGUGCAGCGCAAGCGACACUAUGGCAGCCGUGUCCACCUAGUCGCCGAGCGCUGCUUCAGCUUGUCGGAGAUUGUAGUGGUGGAUUUGAAAGACUCGAAAGAUGUACGACAUGCCCUCAAAAUCAAGCAUGGCAAAGAGUCGUUUGUGUACAAAACAGAGCACCCUCAAGACAAGCGUGCGUUGCUCCGUGCGUUCCGCGGUGUCGGUGAGGCCCUUGCUGCGAAGAUGAAAAAGGAGCGGCAAGCACGGGCAGAGGCGCAACGGCGUGGUGACGAUGUCGUGCUGGCAGAUACCAUGGACCCCGCGACCAGUGGCCUAGAUGGCACCGGUACGAAAGACGCAGCGGCAGCGUCGGCCGAUGAUCUUCCGACGCUUGGCCCAUGGCUCCACGACGUCGUGGAUGAGCUCGCUGUGCACAUUGCGCUGCGCGAAUGGGAGCAGGCCGUGGCCCUGGUCGAGGAUGGGCGAAAGCGCCUCGCGAAUCGCCCGGUCUCGGAAGGGCCGCUGUUCUUGCUCGUGGAGCACUUGAAUGCCUCUGCCAACGAAUUGGUGAGUGCGAUCAGUGCCGAGCUCGUUUCGCCGUACCAACGCAAGUCGACCGUCGUGCGCGACGCUGCGCUGUUGGUCCGUCUUGACAAGGGUCGCGAAGCGCGUGAUUUGCUGCUGGAAGCGCGCUCGGAUUUGCUACGUCGGCGCACGCGACAGAUCAAGUACGAAGGCGAUGUAAGUUUGUAUAUUUCCGAAUUGGCGAUGCUCUACUUUACAUUGAUCAAAAACACAGGCGACUGGUACAUGGCCGCGUUUAAGGACUACAAAAUGGCAUCCGGUUUCGUGCAGUGGGCCUCCGAGCAGGUUCGGGCGUAUGCUGAUACGUUCCGACGCCAAGUGUAUGGCGUGGAUCAGGACCCACGGAUCGUACAGGAAGCCAUCGACAUUACGCGCAACUGUGCUCAGCUCCUGAAUGAUGUGGGUCUUGGCUUGGGAUUCUUGUUGGACCAGGAGAGGCGCCUACCACGCCGUCUCUGCAGAUCUCAGCGCUGCCGCCCUUAG